GGGGCGGAGGCGGGGCCGGGGGACCCCGCGCGACCGGCGGAAGGAGGGAGGGGGCCGCGCUCGGCGCUCCGGCCGGGCCACUGGGCCACAGGCCACGCGGCCACGCGGCCACGCAGCCCGAGCGGGAGCUGAGCCGGGCGGGGAGAGGGCAGCUCCGGGAAGGUACGCCCAGGGAUGGAAGUGCUUGGACGCGGUGCUGCUGGCUACGGAUGUGCAUGAGGAGAUGGGACGGAGAGCCCAAGUUGGCAUUCGUAUAAAUGACCUGCCUGGCUCCCACCAUGAGCGCUGAGCUCAACGUGCCUGUCGACCCCUCUACUCCUGCCUGCCCGGAGCCCGGCCACAAGGGCAUGGAUUACCGGGACUGGGUCCGCCGCAGCUACCUGGAACUGGUCACCUCCAACCACCACUCAGUACAGGCCCUGUCGUGGCGGAAGCUCUACCUAAGCAGGGCCAAGCUGAAGGCCUCCAGCAGGACCUCCGCCCUCCUCUCCGGCUUCGCCAUGGUGGCCAUGGUGGAGGUGCAGCUGGAGACGCAGUACCAGUACCCUCGGCCGCUGCUGAUUGCCUUCAGCGCCUGCACCACGGUGCUGGUGGCCGUGCACCUGUUCGCCCUCCUCAUCAGCACCUGCAUCCUGCCCAACGUGGAGGCCGUGAGCAACAUCCACAACCUGAACUCCAUCAGCGAGUCUCCGCAUGAGCGCAUGCACCCCUACAUCGAGCUCGCCUGGGGCUUCUCCACCGUGCUAGGCAUCCUGCUCUUCUUGGCCGAGGUGGUGCUGCUCUGCUGGAUCAAGUUCCUCCCUGUGGACGCCCGGCGCCAGCCUGGCCCCCCGCCCGGCCCCGGGAGCCACACGGGCUGGCAGGCCGCGCUGGUGUCCACCAUCAUCAUGGUGCCCGUGGGCCUCAUCUUCGUGGUCUUCACCAUCCACUUCUACCGCUCUCUGGUGCGCCACAAAACGGAGCGCCACAACCGCGAGAUCGAGGAGCUCCACAAGCUCAAGGUCCAGCUGGACGGGCAUGAGCGCAGCCUGCAGGUCGUGUGAGGGGCUGAGGGCCGGGGCUGGGGGCGGCCCUGUGCCCGGGAGCCCGCAGAGGCGGGGAUUUGUCAGAUGCAGACAUUUUGCAAGGCUGCCGGGUAGUUCAAGACCAAAGUUUUCCUCUUGUCUUAAUACCAUAAGCACUGGAUGACUUCUCCUGAGAUGGAACCAUCUGGUUCAACGAGGGACUGUGUUGCUAAGAGUAUUGGGGGCAAAACCAGGCUGGUUCCUUGGCCUCAGGGUUUCCUGGGUCGGGGACACAGUGAAGAGGCUACAGUGGGAUCUGCCCAUCAGUCCUGGGCCAGGAGGGCCUCCAAGCAGCACCCAGUGGGUGCUCAGACCCGGCAUGCGUGGCUGGUGGGCCUGGGAGAGCCAGGGCAGGCUUUUGCUUUCAGAGAACGAUUGCCCCAGAGACCCGUGGUGGGCUUCGUGGAUGCUGAGUGGCCCGUGUGACAGUGAUGACACGAGGGCUGCGGCAUUUGAGUGGGUGCAGGUGCACGGCAGGGCUUGGUGCUUCCCUGCCUGGCCCUGGAGGAAGCUGGGUGGCCUGGCUUCAGGGGAAGACAGGAGCCAGGACACACGUCAGCCCAGCAAGUGCGGGGGGUGCUGCAGCCCUUGGCAGUGGUGUCAGGCCCCCGGGGAUGUUUCCAUCGGGGGCGCGGCCUGGCUGAGCCGGAGGAGACAUGUUCACGGGCAUCUACGAGACACCCGCAUGAGGAAGUUGAAUUAUUUGAGGGCUGCUGCAUAGUAUGCUAGGCUCAAAUUCUCUUUUCUCAGCCAGAGAGAGCCCUGGCCACACGGACUCAGUGGGGCCACCAGGGUGGGGAAAGGAUCCUUCCCCCACAGCCAGCGGCCUCCAGCUGUCAGCCACAGAAUGGCCUCUGAGGCUGACUCAGCCACUCCCCUGGGCUGUGGCAGCCCGAGGCAGAGGCUUUGGCUCAGGCCCCGGAGCCUGUGCAGCUUCCUGUGGCCCCAGGCAGCGAGCGGACAUCCUGGGGGACUUCCUGUCUAGGCAAGGCCAUUGGCCUGGCCUGGCCUGUGGAUAGUGGGGCCAGGGGUUGGCCCAGGCCAAAUGAGUGCCCUCCUUGUUAUGACACCGAGUGACUACAAGGGAAGCAAGACCCCUCCAGGCCUCUCAGCCGACACUGGGUCCCACCACACACGGUGACUGCGCUGUGCAGUGCGGGUUCUGGCCUUUUCCCUAAGGGCAUCUGGUAGACCCAAAGCCACACUCUUGGGCCGUGUACGCACGCCGCAGCACCAGCUUCCCUGAGCUGCUUGUACAACCAACCACCUUUCCCCUCUUCUCCAGCUGUAACCUGGAAUGCCAGCCAUGCCUUGUCUUUUGUUCUCAUAGUCACUGGGGCCAGGCGCAGUGGCUCAUGCCUGUAAUCCCAGCACUUUGGGAGGCCAAGGUGGGUGGAUCACCUGAGGUCAGGAGUUCCGGAUCAGCCUGGCCAACAUGGUGAAACCCCACCUCUACUAAAAAUACAAAAAUUAGGCCGGGCGCAAUGGCUAACGCCUGUAAUCCCAGCACUUUGGGAGGCCAAGGCGGGCGGAUCACUUGAGGUCAGGAGUUCGAGACCAGCCUAGCCAACAUGGUGAAACCCCGUUUCUAUAAAAAAUACAAAAAAUUAGCCGGGCGUGGUGGCGGGCGCCUGUAGUCCCAGCUACUUGGGAGGCUGAGGCAGGAGAAUGGCGUGAACCUGGGAGGCGGAGCUUGCAGUGAGCUGAGAUCACGCCACUGCACUCCAGCUUGGGCGACAGAGCGAGACUCCAUCUCCAAAAAAAAAAAAAUUAACCGGGUGUGGUGGCGGGUCUGUAGUCCCAGCUACUCAGGAGGCUGAGGCAGGAGGAGAAUCACUUGAACCCAGGAGGCAGAGGUUGCAGUGAGCCGAGAUCAUGCCAUUGCACUACAGCCUGGGCAACAAGAGCGAAACUUCAUCUACAAAAAAAAAAAAAAAAAAGUCACUGGGCUUCUUCGUGCUCUGAUCACAUCUCUUGUAAAAGCUUACGCUCUCUCCGGGGUCCGGGUUGGCUGUGCCAUGGAAUUCUGGGUGGCCUGGUUGGGGUCUCUGGAAAUGUGGCUGCAGCAGAGAACAGAGACCCUGACACGCAAUUCCCCGUGCUGAGGGGCCCUUGGGGAGUCACGCCGAGGGUCCCCACGAGAAAGUUGUGGCAUCCUUGGGGGCCGGAGAAGAGCCCUGUGUCUUCUGAGGGGCUCAUCCUUUGUGUCCCCUGCAGACAUCUGUCUGCGACCCUUGCCCUCCAGCACGUCUGUACUUUCCUGCAGCCUGUAGAAACACCUCUUAUGGUUUAAUAUGUUUGCUUUGCUAAAGAACGUCGGUGUUGGCCAGGCAAGGCGGAGCACGCCUGUCAUCCCACCACUUUGGAAGGCCGAGGAGGGAAGAUCACGUGGGCCUAGGGGUGCGAGACCAGCCUGGGCAACAUAGCAAGACCCCAUCUCUAAAAAAAUCAUUUUAAAUUAGCCAGGCCAGGUGCAAUGGCUCAUGCCUGUAAUCUUAGCACUUUGGGAGGCCGAGGUGGGCAGAUCACUUGAGAUCAGGAGUUUAAGACCAGCCUCGGCAACAACAUGGUGAAACCAUCUCUAGUAAAAAUACAAAAAAUUAGCCGGGUAUGGUGGUGGGUACCUGUAAUCCCAGCUACUUGGCAGGCUGAGGCAAGAGAAUUGCUUGAAUCCAGGAGGCAGAGGUUGCAGUGAGCCGAGAUCGUGCCACUGCACUCCAGCCUGGGCGACAGAGCAAAACUCUGUCUCAAAAAAUAAUAAAUAAAUUAAAUAAAAAUAAAUUAGCUGGGCGUGGUAGUGCAUGCCUGUAGUUCCAGCUACUUGGGAGGCUGAGGCAGGAGGAUUGCUUGAGCUGGGGAAGUAGAGGCUGUAGCGAACUAUGAUUGCGCUACUGGCCGGGCACGGUGGCUCACGCCUGUAAUCUCAGCACUUUGGGAAACCGAGGUGGGUGGAUCACUUGAGGUCAGGAGUUUGAGACCAGCCUGGCCAACAUGGUGAAACUCUGUCCCUACUAACAAUACAAAAAAUUAGCUGGGCAUGGUGGUGCUCACCUGUAAUCCCAGCUACUUGGGAGGCUGAGGCAGGAGAAUCAUUUGAACCCAGGAGGCAGAGGUUGUGGUGAGCCAAGAUCGUGCCACUGUACUCCAGCCUGGGUGACAGAGUGAAACCCUGUCUCUGAAAAAAAAAGAAAGAAAGAAAAAGAAAAGAAUGUCAGCAUGUCAGUGUCCCUCCAAGGAGUGACUUUGGGUCAAGACAGGCUGGCUCUUCUAAAUGAAUGGCUCCUCGUGGCUGGGAGAGGCGGCAGCCUCUUACCCUGGCCUGAGCCUUUUGGGAGGGGCCCUCCUGGGCCUUCUCCUGCCUCCCACCUUCCUGCAGCAUCUGUGCCCCUGCCCACGCAGUGCCACACUCCCCAGACUAUGGAACGCAUCUCCAGUGCCAUCUGGGGGCCAGUUAGUGUACCUGGUCCCCAGGCAGAGUUCUUGACCUGGCAGCAUCCAGGCAGGUAUUAAGUGCCCAAUGAUGGUGGCACGUGGGUGGGGACGGAGCCACAUUCAAGUCUAGCUCUCUGAUUAGGAGGAUGACGGUGUUGGAAUUUCCUGUUCUCUUUCUCCUAGAGUUCUUGUUCUCCCAGCUCCAGACUUUCUAGUUUCGAGGAAUGAGGCAAACCAUUGCUGUGGGAAUAGCAGUGACCAUGGGUAGGGCCAUGGUGGCUGGGAGAGGAAACCUCAGGGUCACCCCAGAGCCUGUGGGGAGACGGAGGGUGAGCUGUUGUCGGAGCUGCAGAAACACCUUGAGGGGCAGCAUGGGCGAUGGGGAACGCCAUUGCAGCCUAGAAAUUCAGUUUCUGGAGGUUUAGCCUGUCUUUGAACAGUGUUUAAGAACAGAGGCCUCCAGGCCGGGCGUGGUGGCUACAUCUGUAAUCACAGCACUUUGGGAGACAGAGGCGGGCGGAUCGCCUGAGAUCAGGAGUUCGAGACCAGCCUGGCCCACGUGGUGAAACCCCAUCUCUACUAAAAAUACAAAAAUUAGCCGGGCGUGGUGACACACCCCUGUAAUCCCAGCUACCCAGGAGGCAGAAGCAGGAGAAUCACUUGAGCCCGGGAGGCAGAGGAUGCAGUGAGCCAAAAUCACGCCACUGCACUCCAGCCUGGGUAAAGAACAAGACUCUGUUGUUUUUUUGUUUUUUUUUUUGAGACAGAAUCUCUCUCUGUCGCCCAGGCUGGAGUGCAGUGGCCAGAUCUCAGCUCACUGCAAGCUCCACCUCCCGGGUUUACGCCAUUCUCCUGCCUCAGCCUCCCGAGUAGCUGGGACUACAGGCGCCCGCCACUUCGCAUGGCUAGUUUUUUUGUAUUUUUUUUGUAGAGAUGGGGUUUCACCGUGUUAGCCAGGAUGGUCUCAAUCUCCUGACCUCGUGAUCCGCCCGUCUCAGCCUCCCAAAGUGCUGGGAUUACAGGCUUGAGCCACCGUGCCCGGCCAGAGACUCUGUUUAAAAAAAAAAAAAAAAAAAAAAAGAACUGGGGCCUCUGCCUCAGUUUGCCCUGGAGCCAGCCGGGGCCCGUCCUAAUUUGGAGCACAGUCUUCCCGGUGCCUAGACAUGCCAAGGCCCCUCCCACGUGGGACACCCUCUCCGUUUAGUACCUGACCACCUGUUUCAAAACACAGGUGUUUCUGGUUUAGAAACUUGGAAGGCAGAAUGUGUUUUCGCGUCUUCUAGGAGGGUUUGCUGAGGACCGGACCACGUAAGCCUGAGUGGAUCCGGACUCAGCUGCAGCCCUUACCCGCCUCGUGCUGAUGAUCUAUGCAUGCAGCAGACACAUCCACUGUCCUGUGUGCGGGUUUUUAAAACAGUUGCCCUGGAUGAAACUGAAUAAACCAGUGACGCUA